AUGCCGACGUACAGACACUGUGACAACCGCAUUCUGCGCCUGAAUCGACAGAUAUUCGCUGAAGUGCUCCCAACGGUCCAACAGGCUGAGGAAGCCCGAGUCUUUGUGCUCUACAACCGCGUCUGCCUAGACAAUUUCUUCAAGUCACUACACGAAAGAGAUUGGAGAUGGGUGAGACAUCUGCGUGUCGGGUUAUUCGUGGGUUGGGGCGAUGAUGGCAAGGACGAUUGGUUCCUGUGCCAGAGUCAAAGGUGGGCGAUGAGACAUGUGGCGGGCGCCUUGGAGAAGUACGGGCAAGGGAGGUCAGUGGUGGUUCUCCCGGCGGAUGAAAUCAAGGAAGAUUCGGACGGGAGGAGGAGCCUGGUCGUCGACGUCUAUUUGGCCUGA